CUUCCUGUGUGUUUCAGGGACCGCGAUGAAUGUUGAGUCCUCGGGGGACCCUCGGGACCUGCAGCCGGACUCGCUUGACCUCCUGACCCCGCAGCAGCCCGACAGCUUGUGCCUGGAGUCCUUCUGGAGUGAAGUGGAGACCAUCCGGAGCGACUCGGAGCCGGACAGCAGCAGACGAGAUUCCCGACAGUCCGAAGACGGCGAGCAGGAGGAGCUCUGGCUGCAGGAUGCUGGUUUGUCUCCUCUUGUAACAGGUGAAGAAGAUAAAGCCGUUCUGAUGUCGACUCUCACUAAGACUCAAGCAGCGGCGGUUCAGAGACGCAUCGACUCGUACACCUGCUCACUGCGCAAGAGGAACAAAACACCAGCGCCACACGUCAGAGACCUCUUCACUCCCCCCAUUGCUCAGUCAGCAGUUGAGACACACAACAGUGAACCUGACACACACAGAAACAUGGAGAGUGUGACAAAGAAACAACGAUCAGCUGUGAGCAGUCAGGAGACUCAAGGGCUGCAAAUGGAUGAGAUCUUUAUCACAGACGUGGCGUAUUGUGAACAAGCAGCCAUCUUACUGAAACAAGCCAAACUACCACAGAACAACAGCAGCCAGUGUAGGAGAGACGACGGAGCUCUGCCGCGGGUCAUCUGUCCACAGUGCCGGCUGGGAGUGACGCGGGUGCUGGAUCUUUCCCAGCAGGACAUGAAGAAGGUUCGUCAGCUGGCUCUGAUUGACAUGACGGCGCUCUGCGACCUGCUGGGGCUCGAGGUCAAACGGCACAAAACCAGCAAACGGAAAAUCCCUGAGAACUGUUUGUUUGGAGUUCCUCUCGCCUCAUUGGUGGAGAGCGAUCAGAAGAUCAAACCCAACACUCAGAUCCCACUCUUCCUCCAAACACUUCUCUCGUUCCUGGAGAAGAAGGGUCUCGAUUCUGAAGGGAUUCUGCGGGUGCCAGGGUCUCAAUCCAGAAUCAAAGUGCUGCAGCAGAAGCUGGAGAACUCGUUUUACAGCGGUUCCUUCAGCUGGGACGAGGUCAGUCCGAAUGACGCCGCCGCUCUGCUCAAGAAGUUCAUCCGUGAACUCCCCGCGCCGCUGCUGACCGCCGAACACCUCAACAGCUUCAGCGCUGUCAGAGAUAUUGCAGACCUGAAGCAGAAGCUGCACAUGUUGAAUCUUCUUGUGCUGCUGCUGCCAGAACCCAACGGAAACACACUGAAGGCGCUGCUGGAGUUCCUCAGUAAGGUGGUGUUAUGUGAGCGGCGUAACCGCAUGAACCUGUGGGCCGUCUCCACCAUCAUGGCUCCAAACCUCUUCCUGCACAAAGCUGUUCCCAGUAAACUAGCGGUGGACGGUCCAGAGAAGGGUCAGGCGGAGCGGGCGGCAGACAUCAUGAGACUCCUCAUCCGCUACCAGGACCUGCUGUGGACGGUUCCUAACUUCCUGUUGAGUCAGGUGAGGAAGCUGAACGAGAACAGCAGCCGUUGCUACCAGUUCUACGACAAACGCAUCAAGCACCUGCUCAGGAAGAUCCACACGGACAGCAGAGACAAACCUGACAAGAACUCCGGCGAGCAGUGUCGUACUGUAAAGAUCCAGCUGGCUGAUGUUAGUUUCUCGAUGGAGUUUCGUCUCACAAUUAAUUCUCGUGCUUCAGACCUGAUGUCACAGUUUUAUGAAGAACUAGACGCCUCUGACAACAGCAGGGGACUCCUGAAACGAAAUGGUUCAAAGACCUUCCCGUACUGUGCCAUCUAUGAAGUGGGUGGGAAUAUUGGUGAACAUUGUUUGGAUCCAGAGACUCAUUUGUUCGACCUGUACAACACCAACCCCAGCGGUGAGUGGAUCAUCAAACUGAGCUCGUCCAGCAGGGGGCAGUAGAGACACACCAGAAAUCUCUCCAGGAGACCUUUGACCCCUGAGGAGAGGAG